AUGGAUUUUUCCAAUUGGACAGAGGGGGUGUUGACCACAAGCACCAGUGAAUAUGACUCACUGGAGCCCCCUGUCGCCCCCUCAGGUAAAAUCCUGCUGACCAUCACCCUGUCCAUACUGGCCAUCCUGACCACCUUCUUCAACUGCCUCGUCAUCACUGCGAUCGGCGUCACACGGAAGCUCCAUCACCCGGCCAACUACCUCAUCUGCUCAUUGGCUGUGACCGACCUGUUCGUGGCCGUUCUCGUCAUGCCCUUUGGAAUCCUGUACAUCCAAAAGGAGCGCUGGAUCAUGGGUCAGGCCGUGUGCACCAUUUGGUUAAGCGUGGACAUCACCUGCUGCACCUGCUCCAUCCUGCACCUCGCUGCCAUCGCGAUUGACCGAUACAGGGCCAUUACAGAUGCGGUGGAAUAUUCUCGCAAGCGCACCGGUGCCAGAGCUGGAGCUAUGGUGGCUGUUGUUUGGCUUUUGUCCAUUCUCAUAUCGCUUCCUCCCAUGAUAUGGCGUUAUUACAACGGAGACGCUGAGCACGAAGACGAGUGCAUCAUCAUGCAUCACCAUAUUACAUUUACAUUGUACACAACAUUAGGAGCCUUUUACAUACCUUUGCUCCUCAUACUCAUUCUCUACUACAAGAUCUACCGCGCUGCCCAGACCUUGUAUAUGAGAAGAGAAGCCAGUCGGGCAAGUCGUCAUUCCUGCAUGACCAAUGGAAGCAUGAUACCGUCAACUUACCCGGCAGGAGAGGGCGCUGAAGGCAAAAGUGCGCAGAGUUCAGAGCCAAUCAGCCCAACAGAAAAGUCCACCUCUGAACCGUCAACAGAGGAUCCCCCGAAAGUCCGAGCAUCUGUCAGGGCUUCCCACUUCAAAUCUCGCCGUCUGGAAUCACGGAGCGAGUCCAGGAACGAAUCAAGGCGGAGUCAGCUCUCCCAAGGACCAAGGAUCUCAGGAGCGAGAGAGCGCAAGGCAGCAUCCACACUUGGGCUGAUAAUCGGGGCUUUUGUGAUUUGCUGGUUGCCGUUCUUUGUCAAAGAGGUGGUUGGUUGUUACUGUCGGAAGCUGAAAAAAGAAUCGCGUUUCUCCAACCUGGCAACCUUGGUCUAUGCGCCUGAUUCCGAGUCCAGUAUGGCGGACACAGAGAGCGAUGUGGAGACGGACGGGCUGGAUUCUGCCCUGGACACACUCAGUACCGGUCACUGUGCGGACGGGUCGCUUCUCAACAGUAAAACGUACUGUUCUGCUUUUUGUGAGCUGGUUGAAGAAUACACUGGACAAUGGCAUGUUCCACUUCCACAGCUGAAAGUGCUCCGGACCGCUCUCUGCAGUUUCACCAAAGCCACGACUGCCUUCCCCGAUGACUGCCAACAUGUUCACUAUGUCCUCAGCAGUCUGGCUUUGAGCUUCUUUGAGUUGUUGCUGUUUUUUGGCAAAGAAGAAUAUGGGGAGCAGCCUCUUAAGGACAUUUUUGAUUCUUUUCUGGAAUGCCACUCUAAACUUUUGAGACAUCGAAACCUUUACCUUCAUCAUGUCAAGUUGACUCUGAAGUCUGGAGGCCCAUGGGAGAAUCUCGUAUUGCAGGGAAUCUUAAAAGAAGCUAAUGUAGUGCAAAAAGAUGUUGAGGACUAUUUGAGCUCAGAGUUGCCCAUACUCCUUGAGCUGCGGGUUCGGUAUUUGCAGGCUUGUGAGCGCAUACCGGAGGCAAUGGCUCUGUGCAAGUGUUGCCUGGAAAAUCGGGAGAUAGGAAAGCAUUUGUUCUUUCACCAGGCCUACCUGACCUGCCUCUACAAGUCAUCGCUGCAUGAACACCUGCUCAAAAAAAUGGCAGAUAUUGACGGGCGAGAUGCUGUGGAGAUCAUCUGUAAUACUGAGAGUGUUGAAAAGGAUGAUCUCCUGCUCUCCCUCUGUAAACAUUUUCUUACACAACAGCUACGUAAUGGAGACAUGUACUACAUAUGGGACCUUGUAUUCAUUUGGAGCAGGUUGUAUCUCAGAGCACAUCCAUCGAGAGACCAGUUUCUCUCGGAGUGUUUGAGUCUGUCUGAUUCUGCCACUAAUGUUAGAGCCAUCUUCCCCUUCAUCAAACUCGUCCAUACAGAGCUCGGUGGUGAGGGGAUCCAGGUGUGUGUGGAGCUGUGUGUCAGAGCCCUGCAGUUGUGCGACCUUCACUCCGAUGCCACGACGCGCUCUCUGGUGUGUAAGACCAUCGCCUUCCUGCUUCCUCGUGACCUGGAGGUGUGCCGAGCCUGUGCCCUGCUGGUGUUCUGUCAGGAGCGCAGUCUGGAGUCCUACCGCACCGUCUGCUCUCUGUACAAACACCCCGAUGACGAGCUGCACCCACAGAACAGCCCCGUCAGAACCUGCGUCCGCUUCCGUAUUCUCCAGAAACUAAAGGAGCACCUGUGUUUUGACCCUGAGUUUUGGAACCUUCUUACUCUGAGGACUCGCUGCUUGGAGUUGAUCAGUGAUAAAACUUUGCAAGCAGCUGUUCUGAACGAAAUCGAAGAGGAGAGAAACUGUGAGGCUCAGGCAGCUUACAACUCUGUAGACGAGUCCCGAGUAGAGCAGUUGGUAUCACCGAGAGCUGAACACAACGUUAAUAACAGUCAAGUGGAGAACACAGACGCUGAGAACGUUUUGCCUCUUACCGAAAGGGAAAACGUACCAAAGAGGAGACGAGGGAGGAGAAGAAAGGUCGAAAUCGAGAGAGAGAGACUGGCCAAAGCCAUUGCCGAGUCUAAUAAAGACGAUGAUCCAGAAGUGGUUUUUGACAUCCAACCUGAUAAGUCUGACUCAUAUUCACUCAGACAUAUCCACAAAAACCGAGAGAACGCUGCGCCUGUUAAGUUUCCGCUGAACCGUAAUCGAGAGUACUUGACCAGGUGUGUGAAGAACCAGCUCCUGACGCGACGAGGGCACAAGAGGUGGCUCCAGGGGAUGCAGACUCUAGACCGGGAAGAGUUUCUAAAGGUCAAGCGCAUCCUGUACAAAGGCAAGCAGAGAGGAAGAAAGCCAUUUUACAGAGUGGAGUUUAGCUUUCCCGAUAAUGAAAUUCAGGUUGUUAAGGAAUCUCUACCGGGGAGUCGUAUCGUCACAACUUCAGAAGAGGAAGGCGUUCAGUCAAUAAAGGAUGAUUCAAAGCCAGCACUGGCUUCAGCAGAGAAAACCAGUUCUUUAGCAGAAGCCAGUCUCCCCAUGGAGGAGGAGCGUGUCCCAGCGAUGGAGGGGGAUCCUGCGCUGGACGGGCCGGUGGUGGACUUUCCGGACUCUGCCACAGAAGUUUUUCACAGCUACUGCCUCAACUCUCGCACGGCGGAGGGUGAGGAAGGGAGAGAUUCAACAAAACCGAAAGUUGUUGCAAAAUCAAAAGAGCCCACGAAGUCCGACCAUGAUCCUAAACCUGAGAAGUCCACACAUUCUGAACGGUCGAAUGGAGAUGAAGCUUAUCAACCAGUGGAAGCCACAGAGUCGGAUUCAGAGCUGGAGGUUAAUAGAAAGAAGACGUGGCAGGAGAGAUUAUUGCGGCAACAAAAAUACAGCCACAUUUCCCACUCGUGCAAGACAUGCAACAAAACCUACCGUGGCCUGAAUGUGCUGAGGCACGGCCUCUCGCACAUUAAGAAGAAACGCAAACAUUGCAUUCUCUGUGGCCAGCGUUUGAGGGACAUUUCUGUGGCAAGCAAACACAUCAUGGCACACAUGGACGAGAUGUGUAAAAAGAAAACUGAGGAUGAAGCCAGCCAUGGUGUGGACACAAGUGAAAAUAAAGAAGAGCAUCAUAAUGGCAAAGUGAGCGAAGAGGGCAAUGAGAGAAAUACAGUGUUAGAAAGUAAGACGGUUCAAGUAACCCCGACAGCCAAUGGCACGGACACACCCUCUGUACCACUUGAUGACAACUCAAAACCCAAUGUUGCAGAUGAAACCGAGGCGCCAAAAACCAAAAAACCUUGCAGAUUCAAAUUCACAGAGCUGAAAAUUGAAGAGCGGAUAGCCAGGCACGUGCGUAAUCUCUUCAAAAAGCGAUUUGUGUUCACCAAAUGCAACAAGGACAUCAUACCCCACAACUACGAGUUCAGCGAGGACCAGGUGGUGAUUGAAGGCGAUUUGGUGAUUGUCAAGAACGUGCCCAUGCGUCCGGAAAGCGCCAAGGAGGAGGACGCCGCAGAGACCGAGCAGGAGUCUCCGGUGAAGGAGGAGAACAGUGCUGAGGAGGCAAAAGGCAAAAGUGAAGCAGCAGCAGAAGAAGACGAAAGCCCGUUUGUCAUUCAAGAUCUAGUUUACUAUCUGUGUCCUGGCGAAGGCUGUGACAAAGUCUUCCACAAGCUGGGCCACACCAUGACCAAGCACGCCAUGAAGUACCACCUGGGCGACGAGAAGGUCCAGGAGUGUGUCUUCAAAUGGUCCCGGCAAAAGUGCAACCUCUGCAUCAGGCACUUCACUCUCCUCUCGCACUUCAAGGAGCACAUGAAGCUGCACGUGGCUCACCCGCAGUACUUCUGUUACCACCAGAACUGCGGCCAACGCUUCGCCACGUUCCAGGAGAUCCGGAACCACGAGACGCAGCACUCGCCCUUCAAGCCGCAGUGCACGUACACGGCCUGCGAGAACGUCUUCACCAGCAUGUUUGCACUCAACGACCACGAGUGGAGACACUACAUCCCCACUCCCCUCAAGAGCGACCUGGAGACUGGACCCCACAAACUCAAGCGGCAAAGCGACGAAGCGCCUUGGAAGCAGAGAGUGAAGGUCGAAGAGUUAUGGCUGCAGAGUACGAACACGCCGAGAGAGGACACAAACUCAAGAACUUCUAAUAAACCUGAAAGCAAUGACGCAAAGAAAAGAGAUUCGGAAGUGAACACGGAAGAGGCCAAAACAAAUGGGUAUUAUGAAAAAAUAGACUUGUUGUCACACUCUUCCAAACCGACUACCGGGAAAAAGAAGGCGCCCCCUGAAAUUGACCCGCUGAACGUCAAAAACCGUGCAGUAAACGCGACGAUAGAACACGUGGUCGAACCCAACGGCCCUGAGGUGCCCCUACUCGAAGAACACAAAAAAUUUAAACCGGACGACCCGGUCUUCAAAAGCAUAUUCAAAGCCCCUCUGAUCCGACCCCCGCCCAGCAUGUACAUGAACGAGGCCGAGCUGUCCAUGCGCAAGAGGAAGAUCGAAAGGACUUACCCGGGGCCAAAAUACCCGCCGUGGAAUCCCCGGAAUAAGGAACUAAAAGUGGAACCAGAGCCGCCGAAAUCGCCUGAACCCGAACCUGAGAUCAAGAUCCGGUAUCGGUGCGACAAAUGUCUCACGUUUUAUUGCACUCCGGAAGAGCUGGAUAAACACAGAUCUCUGAACAACUGCUCCGCACUCUUUGGGUUCGACUCGGAUGACGAAAGUUGA